UAGUUCUCGUGGCAUGAUGGCGGAAGAAAGUGAAAAUGCGAAAUCCGUGUUAUUUUAUAAAUUAUUAGCCGCUGCCUUCUACGGGGGGAGUUCAUUCUUCAUAAUAGUUAUAAAUAAAGUGGUACUGACAUCAUACAAAUUUCCCUCCUUCCAGUUCCUGGGAUUUGGACAAAUGUUGUUCACAGUUAUUUUGCUGUUUAUUGGGAAGAGAGUGGGCAUCAUCACAUAUCCUGAUUUAUCCUUGGACAUUCCAAAAAAAGUGAUGCCACUACCUCUGAUAUACUUAGGAAAUACAGUACUUGGUUUAGGAGGAACACAGCGUCUCAAUCUGCCAAUGUUCACAGUGCUUAGGAGGUUUUCUAUACUCUUCACAAUGAUAGCAGAAUAUUGGAUUUUAGGUGUGAAAGCCCCACGUGUUGUGCAGUUUUCUGUGUUCAUCAUGAUAUUUGGAGCCAUGAUUGCUGCAAGCAAUGAUCUAAGUUUUGAUGUGAUAGGAUAUGUGUUUAUUUUCAUCAAUGACAUCUGUACUGCUGCUAAUGGAGUCUACACUAAGAAAAAGUUGGAAUCCAAAGAAUUAGGUAAAUAUGGGCUGCUAUACUACAAUGCUCUGAUCAUGAUCCUGCCAACAUUUACUAUAUGCUGGUAUACGGGAGAUUUACAAAAGGCAAUAGACUAUGCACAAUGGGGCAAUACUCUUUUCCUGCUACAAUUCCUGGCUUCUUGUAUGAUGGGAUUUGUUCUGAUGUAUUCCAUUGUUGUAUGCACACAGUUGAAUUCAGCUUUAACUACUACCAUAGUUGGAGUCUUAAAAAAUCUACUUGUUACCUACAUAGGUAUGGUCAUAGGAGGUGACUAUAUAUUUAGCUGGAUAAACUUCAUUGGCUUAAACAUAAGUGUUUCGGGCAGCCUAAUCUACACAUUCAUCACAUUUAGGGGAGGGAAACCAAAGGAUGAAUCAGCUGCAGCCCCUCCACCCACAGUAAACAAAG